UAUGAAUUACUGUGGGCUGGAGCAUAUAGAAAGUGGAGUAUUUCAGUCAAUGAAAAAUUUGUCAGAUCUGUAAGUAUGCAUGUUAAGAAAAGUACAGCUCCAUCACAUAAUGUACCAUGGUGGUACAUUUUUUUUUUAGCUUAGAAAAAUAAUCUUGCAACAUCUUAACGAGGUUAAUGUAUUCCAACUAGAGGCAAAGGUAUUCUUCACUCUUGGGUUCAUUGUGUUAAAUUUCUUUAAUAAAGUUAUGAGCGCCCUUCCAGUUACCAAAGACGAUUAUGCCCAGGGUUUUGUUUGUUUGUUUGUUUGUUUGUUUAAUUCUCGCAGUACUAUUGAAUAACUAUCUAGUAAUUGUUUUGAAGCGAUUAAUCAGAAAAAGGUGUUAUUAUUUAUCAUUAUUAUUACUAUUACCAUUAUGAUUGUCAUUAUCACAAUAUUAUCAUUAUUUUUACCAUACCGUUGACCCACUUUUUUUUAAAUCUAAGCAACGUAAAAUCCCUCUGAACUAAAAUCUUAACAGAGCAAAUAAUGAAUGCGUUUAAGGAAACGGGGGAUAACAUAUGACAAUUAUUCACCGAAGUGGAGGUGGCUAGUGGUGGCUAUUCACCAACACCGCGUUAGCGGCGAGGUAUAUACCACCACUAGCCACCGACACUGAAGUGAGAUAAUUGAGCACCAAAAAGAUGAUUUUUAACUCAUUUACUGUUGCCUGCAACGAUUACAAUUUUGGCGCGCAAUGACCGAACAGCCGCGGUCGUCGCUUCUUCUUGCCGACAAAUAAAGCUUUUGAAGGCAUUUGUUUAGCUCUUGCGGGGAAAUUUCCUCAAAAGGAGUUGUGAAUUCUUUUUGUAUUUAAAAUCAUUCUGUAAAAAAGAUUAUUAAAUUUAGUUUUAAGUUUAUUGAUUAACAAGUCAACUAAAUAAAGUAACGCAAGACUUAAGUAGUAGUUUGCAUUUGAAAAAAAAAACUUUUUCGCCGGUUUUAUCGAUAAAUUCAAGUCAAAAACACAAAGCUUUACCUGUUAAAACUUCCACCCCGAACUUCGUCACCUUCUUCGUGUAUUUCGGGAACAGCUUGCUUGAUUAUUUGUGAAAUUUCUUUGUUUGUUACGGCAGCAAACCGGGGAGGCAUUUUGCUCCCAACUUAUGGGAGUUUGGCUUCGCUCGCUCGGAAGAACUGGAGAUGAAUCAGUGAAUGGUGCAGGAUAUUCACUGAUUGAGUAGCCAAUCAGAGCGCGCGAAAAACACUAUCCACUGUUUUAGUAUAUACUAAAUAGAUUUAGCCAGGGCUAAAAGCGAAGCUCCCAUUACUAAAUUUGUAAUUUAAGGUGUUUCGAUAUAGUUUUUCAGAGGCCAUACCGGUAUUUUUCAAUCGCUUUAAAAGUAAUUUUCUCCUUGUCUGAUCGCUAUAAAAUUUUUAUCAAUGAUUGACUUUAGAUUGAAAUUUGUCAAAAUGUAGGUUUUAGUAAAAUCGAUAUUACUAUGACAACAAUAGACAAAAAACUUUGAAAUUCAUAAACGCCUAGUUUUGCGCAAUCUAGACCUGCUACUGAAAAUCCAACACUAGGAACUUAAAGUUUGGUGUUUAGCUAACAAUCUCCGUAAAAGGUAAAAAAUUAUGUAUGUUUGAAUUCGACUAAAACGAAAAUAUAUUUCAAACCUUAAAUUUUCAAUAGCAGUGGUAGAUUAUUUUUAAAACACGUUAUAAAUGACCGAAAUUAUUCUUAUGUAGCGUCAGAAUGCUGCUUAAUAUCAUAUUUCGAUGCUAGCACAUUUUGGUGCAUUUCGUUCUUGUGAUCCUAAAAACUAACCCGUUUUCUCACCACCUGUCCAAGUGCAACUUCAUUCAAAAUUUGGACUUUUAGCGCUUCUUUUGUAUGUCUAUGAAACGACUCGAACGAAUUUUUUUAAAAUCUCUUCACAUAAACUUCAUAAUAUAUAUAAUUUUGUCUGAAACUUUCACCAAGAUUGAUUCACUGCCACACCUUGAAAUUUCAAGACAAACCUAUCCUACGAACCGGUCAAAAAUAGGCGCUACCGCAUUCACAGUUUUGACCUUAUGCUAAUUUUUCCAAAUUAAUGCGGGCAAUACAUAUAUCCAUGACUAGUACAUUUCAGUGUGAGUAUUGUCAAUGUUUUACAUUCAAAAGAUGCGAUAAAUUCAAACUAAAAUGUACUAGUCAUGGAGGUAUGUAUAGUGCGCAUUAUUUUGGAAAAAUUAGCAUAACGUCAAAACAGUGAAUGUUGUAACGCAGAUUUUUGACCGGUUCGUAGGAUAGGUUUGUCCUGAAAUUUCAAGGUGUUGCAGUGAAUCAACUUUAAUGAAAGUUUCAGACAUUUUUAUAUACAUUAUGAAGAUUACGUGAAGAGAUUUUAAAAAAAUUCGUUCGAGUCGUUUCAGAGAUAUACAAGAAAACGCUAAAAGUCCAAAUUCUGAAUGAAGUUGCACUUAUACAGCUGGUGAGAAAACGGGUUAGUUUUCAAGAUCGCGAGAACGAAAGUACACCAAAAUUUCCUAGCAUCGAAAUAUGAUAUUAAGCAGCAUUCUGACGCUACUUAAGAAUAAUUUGAGUCAUUUAUAACGUUUUUUCAAAAUAAUCUAUCACGGCUAUUGAAAAUUUAAGGUUUGAAAUAUAUUUUUGGUUUUAGUCGAAUUCAAACAUACAGAAUUAUUUACCUUUUAAGGAGAUUGUUAGCUUAACACCAAGCUUUAAGUUCCUAGUGUUGGAUUUUCAGUAGCAGGUCUAGAUCACAUAAAAUUCGGCUUUUAUCAAUUUCAAAGUUUUUUUUUUAUUGUUGCCAUAGUAAUAUCGUUUUUACUUUAAACUACAUUUUCACAAAUUUCAAUCCAUAGCCAAUUACUGGUGAAAAUUUUAUAGCGAUCGGACAAGGAAAAAACUCUUUUUAAGGCGAUUGAAAAAUAUCGGUAUGGCCUCUGGAAAACUGUAUCGAAACACCUUAAAUAAAGUAAUAAACUUGUAUUCCACAAUCCACAAAUCAGUCAACUUUAGAGCACAUUCAUGUGACUUUUGAGGGAAAGCCUAAGUGAUUUUAGAGAAAAAUAAUUUGCAAACAGUCCAAGAGUGAACAAAAUCUUACAUCGAGUUGAUAGCCUUAUAUGUACGCCCCCCAAAAAAAAAAAAAAAAACAGGAAUCAUCUUCGAUCACACUUAAGAGUCAUAAAUUGGCUCUUGAUGGCAGUAGAUUAGGCCUGGAAAACAAAUUCUUGGAAAACAAAUGAAGCCGAAUUUUUUUGCGUUCUUUAAAAAAUCUUCCUAACAAUCUGGGGGCGUGUAAACCAACCCUUUACACUUUUUAUGCAUUACCUGAGGUGAAACAGUACUAUGAGCCGCUUUUUUAUCAUACAGACCUUGGACAGAAUACAAUAUUUCACAAUUUUGAAAUACGAAUUGCACUCAUUCAAUAUUCAGGACGAUCGAAGCACACGUGGGCUUUUAGCAAAACCGCUAAAAAAAUUUCAAAAUCACCUAUACUGCCAGCCGGUUGCGAGCUGUGGAGUGUUUGAAUGAAAAUUAAUAGAGUUACGCUUCAACACGUUUAUUUUCUAUUUAGUGGUUUUAUAACGAUGUGUAAUCUUCAAAAGCGUUUGAUACGCGCGGCAUUUUGAGUACUCCUGCAAGCGAUGUUCAUGAACGACUGAAAACAAACGGCACAGCGAUUAAAAUUGCAAGAGAGACUUCUGACAGAGACGGAGACAACAAUUUUCGUUCACAAAGACGAGUAUCAAAGUGUCUCUAAAAUUCCUGAGUCUUCAAGCUUAAAGUUUAAGUUUAUCUUUUAAACCGGCGUCCCGGUAUUUGCUUUUUUCAAAAGAUGAACUCGAAGGAAGAAAAUCGCUCAAAGCUUUCUUUUACAGCCAGAAUUGCGGUGAGAAAAUGCCUAAGGCCGAGCUUCUUAAAGUUCUGUAAGCUUACAUCAAAACUGAUACCCGGUCAGAUCAUUGUCUCAAAUCGUACAAACGUGCAUAAGCUAAAUAGCCGCAUAAACUACGCUCGACUUCAUUAAAUUAGAUAUAAAAACAAACAUCAAAUACAAUAAUUACUCACACUUACCAUUCAAGAUGCAGCUCCUGGAAGCUAUCACAUAAGGCCAGUAUCGCCUCAGACUUUUACUCUCUUACGCUUCAAGCAAGGUGAAAAACGAAAACGAUGCCAUCCGAAAUCGGAUUUCUGACGUUGACAAGGCGACGUAUUUCUCAACCAAAACCCCAAAAAACAAACUAGCCACGAAUAACAGAAGACUUCUUGAUACCAGCUGAAUUUCAUUUCUUGUAAAACAUCACAAGUUAACACAAAACUCUGUCGGUUUCAGCUGUCAAAGUAAACAAGUUUCAAGAUGCUGCAUAAAUUUUCCGCAUGAACUCACCUGUCAAAUUUUGACCAAUCAGAGUAUAAAAAUUGGACGUAGAGCGUGACCAACGCGUGACCAUGGUGAGAAAAGUCAAAAGCCACUGUACUUCCCUGCCUGUAAUAGCUGGCUAAAUUUUCGCGUCCGAGGUCGGUUUGAAAUCAAAAUUUGUCAUUGUGCGGCACAUAAACACAACAUAUUUCAUAUCGAUUAAAAAAAUUAAAGUUGAGCCUGCGAUCAUUUGAAAACUUUUAACUUGUCAGCGGAUAACUUCAACAAAAUACCCGACCUCGAUGGGUCGACACCUGAACCCACGAUACGGUCAGGUGGUACUGGUCAGCGGAUACCCUGUUUUGACAGCUGUCAAUUGAUCACUACAUUGAUGUGCAAUAUCAGUUUUCCUGUGCUCGCAAAUUAGCUAGAAAGUGUGAGAUUGAACAGUGGUUUCCCUGUGGUGUGGACGGACGGGCGGGCGGUGUACGGUUACGUGAAUACCAAAUUUUCUGGGAUGGGUAGAUUUACUUAGCUAUGGGGCUGCGCUCGCGCGCGCCUUGCGCGCGUGGCGCUCCGAUAUAAAUGAAGGGAGACGAAACGCCCAUGCAAGUUGCUGAGUGGUAAAGACUGAAUCGAGCGCGCUCUGCUUGCAUCAAGUUGCAGCAGGAGCCUAUAACAUGGGCUCCUGGUUGCAGGAACAUGACAGCGAGUGAAGUCUCAUGGUUGGAUGAGAAUAAAGCAAUUGCUCAGUGAAAUCCGUAAGUGGUCACGGCAAAUAAUUUUUAGAAAUAAAACAGCAAUUUAUUUUCUAAAAAACCAUCGAACCCACUUGCUGCCAUGUUUUCAACUUUGAACAUCCUCGACCCAUUACUACUCCGUGUGGUAUUGAAGUCGCAUCAUCGUUUCUUUUUAGCUGCCUGAUCGUAAUUAUUCGUUUCCUUAAAUUUCUUUUUUCAGUAAUCUUAAAUGGAAUGCGUUGACUAACAUACAGGCAUUAAAGGGGCUUGAACAACUAACCGUUUUGUGAGUAAUGAACUGAUGCUUUCUCGCUAUAUAGACUGCUCUUUAUAAUUAUAUUCCAUACUCUGUCGUUACUUAUUGUUUAGUUCUGUAUUUAACCAUUUAUUUUUUAGUAUGAGGUGGCUAUUCAAGCUAGACUUUCGGUAGCGUUAGGUUUUCGCAAAUGAUUAGCAUUAUUAGUUCGUUUGAAAUAGUGUUAUGCGUUUGAAAGCUCUUACUGCUUUGGACACUGUACACAAAUGAUUAAUUGAUUUUAGCCUAAUGAUUAUGUAUCAGCUUCUUAAUUCUCCUACUGACGUACAUUUGUGUACAUGCCUUAUAUAGUGUGAAAUAAAGAAAGGAAGAAAGAAAGAAAUAUCUAAUUUGGAUUGACAUAGCUUUUUUUUUUUUCUAACCAUGAAAAUCACUGUCUUAUGCGUGUUUCUUUUUUCUGUUUUUGUUUUGGAACUAAAGGCGUUUACGAGGGAACAGAAUUUCGACGAUCGCUGAUAGAACAUUCGAAGGAUUAAAAUAUCUUUCCACACUGUAAGUGAUUCUAAAAAGGUUCACUUUGAGGCACAAAAUAAAUUGUACACUACAACAGAUCGUAUUGCUUUGAUAACAAUAACAAAAGCAGAGUUCGUAUAGGUAAUAGCAUUAUUUGUAGUGAUAUUUGGCAUAAAUACUACUAGUGAUAUUUCAAAAUUGUUAUACGUAAUUUCACGAGCCGUUAGGCGAAAUUUGAGACAAUUUUGAAAUAUAACAAGUGGUAUUUAUGCCAAAUAUCACGUACAAAUCAUGCUAUUAUUUGUUUAUACUACUACCCGUAAAUGGUUUGUAAUUUUCACAUAUGCAUGUAGGUAUUUCAAAUUAAGCUGAAAUACCACUGCUCUAAGCCAGUCAAAUUGCAGAAAUUCCUCAUGUAGUAGUAUAAUAAAUAGAACUUGUUUACGUAAUGAAAGGUUCUGCUGUUAUUUUCAUCUUAGAAAAUCCAUUACAAAGACAUACGACUUUAUAAUAAGGCAAGAGAGGAUAAAGGGGACAGAGAAGGCAUCCUCCGUACACACCCUAUUCCAUAGGUAAUUCGUCUCGAGUUAUUUUUAAGACCACAGAUCCCAAGGGGGAUUUGACAACAGCCAAUCACGUAGCGCGAAUGUGUUCCUCGUGGAUGACCCACGCUCUGAGCCACGCGUCCUUCACGAAUUGAGACAGAAAAAAAUGGCGGAAGACGCGGAGAGCGAUAUUGCUAUUCGUUUUGUCGACGAAAACGACUGAAGAGAGAUUUCUGCUAAAGCUGUGUCAGCAAAACGGAAGUUAAAAAAGAAUCCUUCUUCCUCUCUUACUAACAGUACAGCAGGGAAAUCCUUAACACACUGAAUAUUCUCUCAGGAUCAUUUAUAAUUUACAGUUUGAAGAGAGCAAUUUCUGGUUUGAUAUAUAUCCUUAAUUAGUCUUUUAUUAUUCAACAGAAAUAACACUUGGCGUCCUAUAAUAAUAAUAAUAAUGAUAAUAAUAAUAAUAAUUUAAUAACUUCUAGAGCGCUAUUUACAUUCACUGAUCAACAGCGCUUAACAACUCAAAAAAACUACGAUAAAAUUCAAAUUUGUAAAACUAAUUACAUGUACAUGAAUAUUACUUGCUGCUUACUUUAUUGUACAAAAGAUCGGUUUCAAUAGACCGGCGAAAUUUCUCAUUUUGUUUAAGCACUGAGGUUACGAUAACUUCGGGUUAAACUGAUUUCACGGGUUGUCAAAGAGUCGAGUGAUUCCCUUUUCCCAGGUGAGCGCCGACUCAUUUCGCUUCAAUAUUCAGAAAUACUCUCGAUCUCUUUACGCUUUCAUUGCCUUUCGCCCGACAUAACUCGAGACGAAUUGCCUAUGGAAUAGGGUAUGUAUGGGGGAUGCCUUCUCUGUCCCCUUUAUCCUCUCUUGAAUAAGGCUAAGGCUGAUGCUUAAUGCUAUUGGUUUUGAAAAAUUAUUUUUCUGAUGUCUAUUGUUAUUCUCACAUCUAAAAUCUAACAUUUGACGGCACAAAUGGUACACUCAAAAGACUGCCAUUUCCAAUAAGCAGGACAGAUAUUCCCAUCGAAGUGUCAUGCUAGCGGCUUGCGGACUUUUUGCGAAGACUAACAAACUCUUAAACACAGAGUUAGAUCUUUGCCAGUCGAGCAGCACAUCUGUCGGUUAUUGUUUAAUUUAUUCAACAGGGACUUAGGCCAAAACCUUCUGAGAUCCGUGCCAGAUUUGACAGGUCUGGUCGAUGUCGGGGUCAUGUAAGGAACUAUUACUUUUUUAAGUUAAUUUUCUUACUUAGUGCAAAGGCCUCCUAAGAUGGUGAUGAAGAUUGCGCAGAAGAAGAGUAUGUUCAAUCUUACACAAGACAUUAGAGAUCUUAUGCCGAUUCCUUAGCGGCUUUCGGCUGCUAAGACAAUUCUGCUUCAAUAACUCCUUACUAGAGGAGCGGUCAGGAAAAAUCGCGCAAAAUCCUAAUUUCGGGGCAAGCGCUGAAAAAUCUAGCCUGAAAUUCAUCCGAUUGCUUCGAGUCGUUUUCUCCUCUCAACAACGUCUGAAUCGACCGACCGUUAAUGCCGUCCAGUGACGUCAGUCACUACCCGAAAACCGGGUAGUGAUUUUGAUUGGUUGAUUGUCUAAACAUUCGCAUAAUUACGUAUAAUUAUGAAAAAUUUUAGCGGGAUUGUCUUUUGAUACUCAGCGGAUCGCAUCCCAGGCAUUCUUUCGUGUAGAAUCAAACUCGGUCGCAAUCACGCGAUGAAAUAAACACACACAAGAAACUCUUAGUUCAAAAACACAAUGAUUUGCUUUAAUUGAAAAGAAGCUGUUUGGUCCUUAACGAAGAAAACAAAACAAGGAAACAAGAAAGAAAAGCUAAAAGAAUCAUUACGCUUGACGGUGAAAAUAGCAAGAAGGUCGAAUUAUAACAUUGAUCUCAGAAAAAAGGUAAAUUUAAAAAUUGUAAGACUGACGCGGUUAUUAUAAGAAUCUUAACCGACGUUUCGGCAAUGCUGCCUUCUUCAGGGUAUACAAGAAUAAACAACGUUAGAAGUUCGUUAAAUUUAGCUCACGUAAUUGAUGGCAUAAUCGCGCGCGUGCCAAAUGAAAUAGCGCGCUACGGCGCGCGAGUGACCAAAAGAAAAAAAAAGGGGGGGUGAUUCACGUAAAACUAAAGUCUUGGUUAAGGCCUCUAGGGCCUGCAGUCCCAUAUUUGAAUAUCAACCUCAUCUCCUGCUUCUUACGAUAUUCCUGGUUGGCUAGGCCUGCCCUUCAUGUCCUCCAGUGUAUGACUUGGUUGGUUGAAGUGGGCAGGUACAGGAAGGUCAUUCCUCCCGUUGAUGAUAUCUCUGCGGUGUUCUCGAAAACGGUCUGCCAACCUGCGUCCAGUCUCCCCAAUGUACACUAUCGAUGGACACUUGGUGCACGACAAGCAAUAAACCACGUGUUCAGUGAUGUAGGAAAAAUGUCCCGUGAUGUAAACAUGCCCUUUGGGUGUUGCAAUUGUGGAUGAUGAAUUAACAUGGGGACAUGUGCGGCAAACGGUCCUGUUACAAGGGAAAGUACCAGGUAACUGGUGUGGAAGGUUUUGAAGUAGGCUGUUUCUGACUAGCAGAUCGUUCAGAUUCUUGCCACGCCUGAAAGCCUUCAAUGUUGGUUUAUUAAAGAUCCUGCUUGUCCUGCUAUCCUCGCGAAGGAUCCGGAAAUUCCUUGAGAUUAUUUUCUCGACAACAAGGUGACUGGGGUGGAAGGUAGUGACAAAAGGUACUCUAUCCUUAGCGAUGUUGUUAGCAGCGUCAUUCUUCAAAAUUUCAGCCCUUGAUUUGGUCGAUGCUCGCUCCCUUCCCCUUCUAAUGAGAUCAGUCGGAUAUCCGCGUGCUGCAAAAAAGGUCUCCAUUUUUGCUGCCUCAAUGUCGAAGUCAGCGAUCUUACGCAGUCUGAGAAACUGACUUUAAGGUAUGGAUGACUUGCAACUGUAAAGAUGGGAUGAACUGAAGUUGAGGUAAGAGUGGCUAUCCGUGGCUCUGUAAUGUAUAGAAGUGGCUAUGCGAUUAGCUUGAGGCUUCAUGCAGAUAUCCAGGAAAGGAAGUCUGUCCGUUGAGACCGACCAUGUAUAUUCAAGGCUAGGGUGAAACGAGGAAGCAAACUCGAGGAACUGACGGAGGUCCUCUUCACUACAUGAAGCAGCGCCGGCCACAUCAUCCAUGUACCGCUUGUAUAAGUCUGGUUUUACACCGGUAUAACUGGAAAGCAUGCGUUCCUCCACAUGGCCAACAAAAAGACAGGCAUAAUUUUCGGCCCUACUCGACUACCCAUGGCCACUCCACCUGUUUGUUUGUAAUAUUCACCAUUUAAUUCAAAAGUGUUAAGUGUCAGUAUUAGUUCAGCCAUGCGUAGGAGAGUAUCCGUAGGUGGUUCAAGGAUCUCUCUCUUGUCAAAAUAGUAUUGCAGUGCGCGGAGACCUCCUUCAUUUGGUAUAACCGUAUACAGUCUUGUAUACCCUAAAGAAGGCAGCAUUGCCGAAACGUCGGUUAAGAUUCUUAUAAUAACAGCGUCAGUUUUACAAUUUUUAAAUUAACAUUAAGUACUACGCUGCGCAGGUUUUUCAAUCUUGAUCUCAGAAAACUUCGCGUAAACAAAAUCACCGGCCGCCGAAACCACAAAGCGGCUCUAAAUGGAAAACCUACUGACUGUCCGCAAUCAUUCUUCAUUCGCAAUUCAAUUUAGCAUUUCAGUCAUUUCAGUUUCGAAGACAAGGGCAAUUUUGCUGUUUAAGAUAAAAUAUAGAAUUCAGUGCAACCGGUUCAGAGUUGUACUGCAUGCAGUUGAUAGUUUGAAUGUUAAAUAUGAAUUACGAUCGAAAAAAUAAAGCAAUUCUGUAUCAUGCAGACAUUUCCAAACGAUAUUUCUCGGUUUGCCACUUGAAACUCGUGUGUUACUUUUUGCAUGAAUUAAAGCAAAGAUCAAGGAGUAGUGACGUCACUGGACGGCAUUAACGGCCGGUCGAUUCAGACGUUACUGAGGGAGCAAUAACGACUCGAGGUAAUCGGAUGAGAUCCAGGCAAUGAAAAAUCAAUUUCUUUAAUUUUUUUGUCCAUAUACAUGUACCUUUAGGAAGAUAAUAAUUUUGAUGUGAAUUAUUCCCGCAAAGAGCUUUUUAUUCGAGAGAAAAAAAACUAGAAUAUUGGUCUUCGAGGUCGGAGUCUCAGAAUGGCCUAACUUUUCCACUCUUCUCGCGUUCGCAAACAAAGAUGGAAAAACUUGGACACUCUCCAAAACCAAAAACAACAACAACAACCACGUAUUUUCUUUCAUUAGAUAAUACUUUUUUAAGGCAAUAGCUAGACUCUUCGAACCUAGAUAAUUAUUCAGAAAUGAAGGAUAUGUUUCACGAUUAUCAUAACAAAAAUUUAAGUUUCAAGUUCAUUUCGAUUAAACUUCAAAUUCUCGUCAUUAUAGCUUGUCGUUUAACCAAAUGGAAAUUGGCUUAGUUUGUUGAAGAAACUCUGAAAGACGGAGCUAGAGUUUUGGUACUUGACAUUUAUCGAGAAAAAAUGACUUUCACCAAGGCAAUUCACUAAAGGAUGACUGAACAAGAAGAUAUUUCGCUUUAUAACCCUUCAAUUAAUUUUCGCGCUAUUUUUUAAUUUGGCCUUCAUUUGGGGUCAGCUCGUAGCAAAUCGGAGAGCGAAUAUUAGGCAAUACAGCCCGUCUGCGUCGAAUUUUGUCCUACGAAUUUUUGGAGGCAAUAAACCAUUAAAAAGUCUCUUUUCAAUUUUUAUCAUCCAUUUAAAUUCCUAUUUAAAGCAGGAAAAACACAUUUGAGCUAGUCGCAUACGACAGUUCCGGAAAACACAAAGAAUCAAUAAAAUAUGAGAUGAAUCGAAGAUGAGCACAUUCCUGCAUUAACUUGAUUACAGCUGUCCGCUGUCAUAGCUGUCCGCUUUGACAAAAAAUACUUCAAUUCACUUUUUUGGAAAAUAAAAGUGCGAGAAUAAUUCACAUCAGAUUACUUAUCCACUUAAAAUGUAUCUAUGGACAAAAAGUAAAAGAAAUCGAUUUUUCAACUCUUGCCACUGAAUGCUGGAUACUUCCUUACUGUCGCUUUUAAUAUACAAACAUUGUGAGUUAAGACUACCUCUACCUCAGUAGAAGACGUUUCACAUACAAUUUUAGUCUGAUACCUAGUUUCUUCAAGUUUAUCUCAGCGAGGGUGACAAGGGUAACUUGCCAAGAAACUUAACAUUUACAGUGCAAAACAUUUAAAGGUUCCUUUUUCUUUUAAUACUCUUUUUGAAAAUGAAUGUUACCAUUUCGUAUUUCAGACGUUUCGACGAUAACCAGAUAGCGGACAUAACAAAGCUUGGCAAGGCAGGAUAUAUAUUCAUUUGGAAGCUGUAA